GUCGGUGCGACUAAUAAGGACACGAGGAUCUAGUAACAGAUCCCAUUCUCACUUUUAUUUCUUUCCUAGUGUACUUUGGAAUAGCAACCGACUUUUUUUCAAAACAUGAGUUCAUAAGGAAACUUUCUCACCAAUUGUUUUGAAGAAGUAUUUUCUCUCACACCAGAGAAGACAUGAGUUGCUUGCUAAGAUGGGCAGUUUUCCUCUGGAUUGUACAUACCAUUCCUUGCACUGUUGGAAUGGCAGUGAAUGAAAGAAUAGACAACUCUAGAUGUCCUCCAUUGAAAGUAGACAAGGACCGGUUUUCCUACAGUUUAAAUGGUCCACAGCCAGAAUUCACCGGUUUUGAUCUGACAGAAACGUUUCUCCUGAGAAAGGGGACAGUGACAGAGGAUCGGCCAUCAUUCCGGCUGGGGAGCAACCCCCUCAUCAAGCCAACAGAAUUGGUGUUCCCAAAUGGUCUGUCCAGUGAAUACUCUCUAGUUAUCACCUUCCGGCUGAGGAAAACCACAAAGAAAGACCGCUGGUAUCUGUGGCAGAUAUUCGACCAGACGGGAGGUACCCAGGUGUCCGUAGUGUUGGACGGUGCUAAACGAGAAGUGGAGUUCUCAGCCCGGGGCCUUCUGAAGAACAGCCUCCACUACACCUUUAAGAGCCGAGACCUGCACACACUGUUUGACCGCCAGUGGCACAAGCUGGGUGUGGCAGUCCAGAGCAGCAUCGUCUCCAUCUACAUGGACUGUAAACUAAUAGAGAGGAGGCUGACAGACGAGAAGGAUGAAAUUGACCCCAUCGGAUAUACGCUAAUUACGACCCGGGUGGAGGAUGGACGGCCUGUAGAUAUCGAACUACAACAAAUCCUGAUCUACUGUGACCCAUACCUGGCUGAGAUGGAGAACUGCUGUGAGCGGGCAGGAUCCACGUGUGAGCCUAGCAGGGAGGGCCCUGGGGCUGGAGGGGUCACUCCCAAUCCCUUGGUUACAGCUGGAGCAGGCCAGCUCCCCCGGAUGCUCUCCCAGCCCGUCCAUCCAGCCCAGGUCCACCGGGUCCAGCAUUCCAGCAGUGACAGAUGUCAGUGUUCAGCAGAGAAGGGUGAUCAAGGUCUACCAGGCUUGGCAGGACUUCCAGGACAGAAAGGCGAUCAAGGAGACAAGGGAGAGACCGGGAGAGACGGGUUCCCUGGAAACCCAGGCCAGAAGGGCGACCAGGGUAUUUCUGGCUUCCCAGGUCUGGAUGGUCUUCCUGGACAGAAGGGAGAGGCAGGAUCAAACGGGUCUAAAGGGAUCGAUGCAGCAAUGGGGGGAAAGGGAUCAGCUGGGGAGCCUGGUGCGGAAGGAAAACCUGGAAUAAAUGGUUUGAAAGGAGACUCAGGAUUUGCUGGCCCUAUUGGCCCCAAAGGUGAUCAAGGCGAUACGGGUCUUCAAGGUCUGCCUGGUCUAAGUAUGGAGAAAGAGGGACUCAAGGGAGAUCAGGGAUCCCCUGGGUUGCCAGGUCAGACGGGGGCUCCGGGCAAUGGGGGCAAAAGGGGUCGUAGAGGGAAGACAGGGGACCCUGGACCCAGAGGCCUACCUGGGGUGAAGGGUGACUCUGGCGUCCCAGGAGACAAAGGAGAUCAAGGAUAUCCGGGUCAGCCAGGUGGAGAUGGGGCCUCUGGGAUGAAAGGACAAAAGGGUGAAGAAGGCCUAAGAGGACUGCCAGGACCGGUGAUGACAGCUCAUGGACUGAGACAUCUGUCUGGCUCUGAGGCUGAAGCAGGAGAAAAGGGCCAGAAAGGAGAAAUGGGUGAUCCGGGCCAAAGAGGAUUCCAAGGACCACAUGGUUUGAAGGGAAGCCUAGGACUACCAGGUCCAAAGGGAGAGCCCGGCCCAGAGGGUAAAGAAGGUCCUCGUGGACUCAUCGGACUCCCAGGGAUUGCAGGAGAGACGGGAUCGUCGGGGGACCCAGGAAUACCUGGCAGAGACGGUCUUAAAGGAGACAAGGGGGACUCUGGUGGUGUGAUGGGACCACAGGGCCUGCCUGGACCCAAGGGAGAGCCUGGAGAGCCAGUAGCUGGAAAUCUGCAGGGAGAGGGGAUGACAUCUGGACCCAGAGGAUCUCGAGGGCCAAAGGGUGAGCGUGGCGUCCCUGGGGUACCAGGAGACCUAGGGGAGAAAGGAGAGCCUGGUGUGGGCGUUGAAGGACUUCCUGGCCCCAUGGGACAGAGAGGGGAGAGAGGAUUUGAGGGCCCCCGUGGACCCCCUGGAUUCUCAGGCCCUGCUGGGACCCCGGGGAGAGAGGGAUCCCCUGGUCGAGAAGGACCCCCAGGUCCACCUGGCCCCCCCGGGUGCACCAACUGCCUUGCCAAUUGUCGGAGAUAUGAGCUCUUCACUCAAGAAUGGCUGCACUGUGUGCCAGACCAGAGUGCCAGGUCUGCCUGGGCAGAAGGGCGAGAAGGGAACCCAUGGAGUGCCAGGAGUGCAAGGCAUGGUGGGAGAAAAGGGGGAUCCAGGAGUGCGAGGACCUCUCGGUAAUCCAGGAAAAGAAGGCCCAAAGGGGGUGAAAGGAGAGAGAGGAUUCCCUGGGCCUAGUGGAGAAAAGGGAGAUGAGGGCUCUCCUGGAGUUCCAGGCUUUCUGGGUGCAACAG